CAGAACAUGGCAACAGAAUCUUCGUCAGUUAGAGCUUUGGAGUUUGAUUUCCAGAAUAGAGUUACGGAGUACAGGAAACAAGCUCAUUUGCGCAGAGAAAAGCGCACGGGCUGGAGACCCAAAGCGUGUUUUCCAAAUAUGAAACGCGGCCAAAGCAGAGCUGAGACACUGUUGCCAGCACUUUGAGGCGUGAUGAAGGCGCAUCCAACGUCUUCUGCCGCAGCCGCAUGCUUUAAAUGUGCCGGGCCAGGUUUUAGUAUCAAAUGCAGCACUGCGUUGCGUUGCGCGUUGCGAGAGCCAGAGAGACGGUGCAGGAGAGUUGUCUCGAUUUCCCGAUUGGUGCAGGAGCGGUUUUG